AUGGAAGAAAACUAUAACCAAGGUAUACAUUUUGGACCAAGAAGGCAAGAACGUGUAAAUGCCAUUAUUAUUCCAUACAAUGUGAUAGUAUCAGCUAGAAACCCAAGACUCGAAGUUCCUGAAGCCACCAAGAAGGCUUCUGCCAUAACGUAUGGAUCAUUUGAUGCUGGUGGAUUGCCAAGCGGUCAAAAUCAGUCAGAGCAGUCUUCGACUCCUCUACUUCAGGACUUCGUGGAUCCAACAAUGUGCUAUCUUCCAAAUGGAUAUCCCUCUACUGCAUGUUAUCAUGGAGGUUAUGAUGGGCCUAUUAACCAGUGGGAUGACUACCCUAGAUAUGUAAAUCCGGAUGGAGUGGAGAUGCCUCCUGGAGUUUACGGGGACAAUGGAUCACUCAUGUAUCACCAUGGUUAUGGAUAUGCGCCAUAUGGUCCAUACUCCCCUGUAGGUUCCCCAGUGCCUACCAUGGGGCAUGAUGGUCAGCUUUAUGGGCCCCAACACUACCAGUAUCCUACUCCUUGUUAUCAGCGACCAAUCCCCUCUAGUGGCCCUUGCACUCAUAACCAGUCUGCUGCUCCACAUGGGGAUGUUUCUACCUCUGUUGCUCCUGAGCAGGUGCCUUUGCCAGUAGAAGCAGCCAAGAGAAAUAUUAAUGAGAUUGCACAUGGAAAUGCAAAUGGAAAUAAUGCAUCAGGCCCAUUAAAACCCAGUUACCAAAAUUCAUCUUUUAAAUCCAAUGGCUCGUAUGCGAGGGGCUUCUUGCUUGGAGGCAAUCCCUGCUUCUAG